UCAUUAACCGACGUAACUUCCACGCGCCAAAAAGAGAACGUGUAUCCUAAGUUAACACAACGCAACAGCUAACAGUCAUCAUCAUUUUCCUUUCGCCAAACCCUAACCCUAACCCUAACAAACAAACAAACCCUCUCUUCACGUCACUCCAUCAAAUGAAACCCUAAAUCCCCUCUAAAAUCCCCAUAUUACCCUUCAACCACCCAAUGCUCUAGAAACACCGUCAUCUCCUUCUCAAAUUCCACCUCACCAUGUCGGAGGCAACUCCUCCGGUGAAAAGAGAAGGAAACGGCGUCGCUUCAGCUGUAGAAUCCGCAAAACAACAGACUGUUGCUAAUGCUGCUAAUUCUGCUAGCUCCAUUCCUGCUGCUGUUCUCGGUUCGUCGAGUCACAGGCUGAGGUUAAACCCUAAUAAAGAUCAUAAACCGGAUAGCUACGAGGAUUUGGAAUUGGACUUCAGUGCUUGUGUUUAUAGCUCUCUGGAGAGAUAUUUGCCGCCGAAUAUGCUCGGCGUUGGUAGAGAAGAUAAAGUUAAGUUUAUGAGGGAAAUUCUGCUGAAGUAUUUGCCUCAUGGAGAGCGUACCAGGGCGCAGAGGCAUAGAGAAUACAGGCAGAAAAUAAUAUCAAAUUAUCAGCCUUUAAAUAGAGAAUUGUAUGCGAUGCAUCCUGCAAGCUUCUUCACACCUUCAUUUAUAAAGGCAAUUAGUGAUAACAAUGAGGAAAGUUUUAGAAGUAUAAUGUCCGAACCUUCUCCUGGUGUAUUCACAUUUGAGAUGCUCCAGCCACAUUUCUGUGACUUAUUGUUGUCUGAGGUUGAACAUUUUGAGAAGUGGGUUAAUGAUGCGAGAUUCCGUAUCAUGCGACCAAACACAAUGAAUAAGUAUGGUGCUGUUCUUGAUGACUUUGGUCUUGAAACCAUGCUUGACAAGCUUAUGGAUGGUUUUGUACGUCCUAUUUCUAGAGUUUUCUUUCCAGAAGUUGGUGGCUCGACUCUGGAUUCUCAUCAUGGUUUCGUUGUUGAAUACGGCGAUGAUAGGGAUGUUGACUUAGGUUUUCAUGUUGAUGACUCGGAAGUGACUCUAAAUGUUUGCUUGGGUAAGCAAUUUUCUGGUGGAGAUUUGUUCUUCCGGGGCAUACGAUGUGAAAAACAUGUAAAUACAGGAAGUCAGUCAGAGGAGAUCUAUGAUUAUAAACAUGAGCCUGGCAGAGCUGUGCUUCAUCGUGGUCGUCAUAGGCAUGGUGUUAGAGCCACAACAACUGGUCAUAGGAUUAAUAUGCUACUUUGGUGCAGAAGUUCAGUUUUUAGAGAGAUGAAAAAAUAUCAAAAAGAUUUCUCGACUUGGUGUGGCGAGUGCUUGAGUGAGAAGAAAGCAAGGCAACGACUGUCUAUUGCUUCUACCAAGUCGGAGUUACUUAGAAAGGAGGGUGAAUUUACAGCAUGACUGGUCAUUAGAGUCAGGUGACUGUUAAAUUAUGUAGCUUCAGACUUCACCGAGAUGGCUUAACUAGACUCGGUUUUGGUUAACCUUAUAAAGUUUACUUCUGCAACCUGCACUUAAUCUCGACUUGGCGUAGAAUGUAUAAAUGAUGCUUGAUAAAUGGGGAGAUUUUGUUUGUAGCAGCAUGGCUAUGGAUUUUUUUGUAAAAAGAUUGAAAUUGCUCUAGUUAACAUUGUAACAUACUAGGAAAAAAAAACCACAUUGGAAUAGGUGAUAGUUUUGUAACUUGUAAUGUAUAUGAUUUUCAGUUAAGCAAUUAAUUCAUCUUAUUUCUGUUAAA